AUGUCGGGAGGAAGCUUUCUGAGCAAAAUGAGGUCCGCUUUCAGAAAAGACAGAAGCGACUGGGACUUGAGCGACACGGUACCUUUUGAGUUUUCAGAUGAACUGGCCGAUGACGACGGACCUAAGUUCAACAAGCUGAGAGUGGUCGUAUCCGGGGAAAUGACGGAUAUUUCCUCUUCUGGAGUUGCUUCUAACGGCUCGGCGGUGAAUACGCUGUUGGUCGGAGCAGUGGACGAUGAUGAUUUGAUGCUGGAUGCGAGUUUUGAAAGUCCUGGGGCCGGAACGGAGCCGUGUGGAACCUGCGUCAGGAGGAAAGAGGCUGUAAAACAUAAGAAAGUGAUGAAGAGGCUGAUUGUCGCUGCGCUGCUGUACUUCCUCUUCAUGACCGGGGAAAUUAUAGAGGUGGUGUCCGCGGUGCUCAGUGUGAUGCUGAUCUACAUCCUGACCGCAGUCCUCGUCUUUGAGGCCGUUCAGAGGACCAUGAGCCAGGACUUUGACAUCGAUGGAGACGUCAUGCUCAUCACUGCAGCUGUGGGCGUCGCAGUCAACCUGAUAAUGGGUUUCUUGUUAAACCAGAAUGGACACCUCCACUCCCACGGUCACGGUCACUCCCAUGGUCACGGUCACUCCCACAGUCCGGCAGCGGUGGAGGGCCAGCCGCAAAAGGCCCACGGGAGUCUGGCAGUCCGCGCCGCCUUCAUCCACGCAUUAGGAGACCUGCUCCAGAGCAUCGGGGUCCUCAUCGCGGCAUAUAUCGUCCGAUUUAAGCAUGAGGGCGCUGUGGAGCCGGACACUGAACUGUUUCCCGUCAGACGCUUCUCCUUGGAGCGAGAUGGUGCCAAAGGAACCUGCUGGAGAAUGGAACUGGACCAGGAGCAGGAGCAUGAGGAGGAGGAGCAUGAGGAGGAGGAGCAGGAGCAGGAGGAGCAGGAGCAGGAGGAGCAGGAGCAGGAGGAGCAGGAGCAGGAGGAGCAGGAGCACUGA